UAGAUAUAGAAAUUGCAUUGUAAUUUAUAUUCCUUGAGUGUGUAUAAUUAGAAUUGUUUUAGUCAAAUGCUUGUUGGAAUGUGUAAAUCAUUUCACUGUGUUUCCUGAUUGUGAUACAGAGCCUUCAUUUGCAGCUACCCCUCCACCCCAAUCUAGCCCAGACUUGCUUUAAUUAUUUUCAAGCUCCUAUAUAUUUAUAGAACUCUUCCCUAUUAGCUUUCUGGAGUCAUCUAUUGCAUGUCCAAAUGUGAUUUGGGCGCAUACUCUAUUUUCAAUCAUUAAAUGAAAAUGCUAUUGGUUGGCUCUUUUAGAUUGCUUAUGAAUUAUCCACCCUGUAUUUGGGACAGACCUUUUAUCCUUCACUCACUAUAUCUUGGUAGCAGGGAGGUUUCUAGACAGGAUAGAGAAGCUAUUACCAUAAUUUCUGUGGAACAAGUCAUCACCAGUUGCUGAAUUAUUCCUAAACUAUUUUUUCUUUUCUUUUUUUCCCCACUCAUCUUCCUGUCUCAUUGUCUCUGGAACGCGAAACCUGAAUCACCUGGAAAAAUUUUAUCACCGUGUGGCGGAACUCGGACAAUGUGGAACAAUCAACCAUGACGACUGAAUCGGGAUCAGACUCAGAAUCCAAGCCUGAUCAGGAGGCAGAGCCCCGGGAGGCUGCGGGUCUGCAGGGGCAGGCGGGGGCGCAGCCCGGGCCGCCCGAGCCCCCCAGCGCCGGCGGAGAGGAGGAGCCAGCGCUGGAGCAGUUCGCUGGGGCUGCAGCCCACAGCACCCCGGUGCGAAGGGAGGUCACUGACAAGGAACGAGAGUUUGCGGCUGCUGCUGCAAAACAACUCGAGUAUCAGCAACUGGAAGACGAUAAACUUUCUCAGAAAUCAUCUAGCAGUAAACUCUCUCGGUCUCCACUGAAGAUCGUCAAAAAGCCUAAAAGCAUGCAGUGCAAAGUAAUACUUCUGGAUGGAUCCGAAUCCACCUGUGAUGUGGAGAAACGCUCCAGAGGGCAAGUGCUAUUUGAUAAAGUGUGCGAGCAUCUGAACCUACUAGAAAAAGACUACUUUGGCCUCACGUAUCGAGAUGCUGAAAACCAGAAGAAUUGGUUGGACCCCGCUAAGGAAAUUAAAAAACAGAUUCGAAGUGGUGUUUGGCAUUUUUCAUUUAAUGUGAAAUUUUACCCACCAGACCCUGCCCAGCUAUCUGAAGAUAUCACCAGGUACUACCUCUGCUUACAAUUGCGAGACGACAUCGUGUCUGGAAGGCUGCCUUGCUCCUUUGUGACACUUGCCCUGCUGGGCUCCUACACAGUCCAGUCAGAACUGGGAGACUACGACCCUGACGAAUGUGGGAAUGACUACAUCAGUGAGUUCCGCUUUGCACCCAACCACACCAAGGAACUGGAAGACAAAGUGAUUGAGCUGCACAAGAGCCACAGAGGCAUGACGCCAGCAGAAGCAGAGAUGCAUUUCUUGGAAAAUGCCAAAAAGCUCUCCAUGUAUGGGGUAGAUUUGCACCAUGCCAAGGAUUCAGAAGGAGUCGAAAUUAUGUUAGGAGUCUGUGCCAGUGGCCUCUUGAUAUAUCGUGAUCGGCUGAGAAUAAACAGAUUUGCCUGGCCCAAGGUCCUGAAAAUUUCAUACAAACGGAACAACUUUUACAUUAAGAUCCGGCCAGGAGAGUUUGAACAAUUUGAAAGUACCAUUGGGUUUAAGCUGCCAAAUCAUCGAGCUGCCAAGCGUUUAUGGAAAGUGUGUGUUGAGCAUCAUACAUUUUUCAGACUCCUGUUGCCAGAAGCACCUCCAAAGAAAUUCCUAACCUUGGGUUCCAAGUUCCGUUACAGUGGCAGAACCCAGGCCCAAACGAGAAGAGCCAGUGCGUUGAUCGACCGCCCAGCGCCUUACUUCGAACGCUCGUCCAGCAAACGGUACACCAUGUCUCGCAGCUUGGAUGGAGCAUCAGUGAAUGAAAACCAUGAAAUAUACAUGAAGGAUUCUAUGUCUGCUGCAGAGGUUGGUACUGGCCAGUACGCCACAACAAAGGGCAUCUCUCAAACCAACUUGAUCACCACUGUGACCCCUGAGAAAAAGGCUGAAGAGGAGCGCGACGAGGAAGAGGACAGACGGAGAAAGGCGGAGGAAGCCACGCCGGUGGCAGCGAUCCGGCAUGAGGGAAAGUCACCUAGGCAUGGCACUGAUUCGUGUCCCUUGUCACCCUCAUCCACCCAUUUUGACCCUACAUCUCCCACAGAGCUCCGUCGGAGAUGCAAGGAGAAUGAACGCAAACCUGCAGGUCCCGAGCUGCCGCCAGCUGAGCGCUUGCCCGGGGAGCCUGCCUUGGAUAAGGACAGCCAAGGGAAGGCUUACCUGGGGGAUCAAGAUGUAGCGUGUAGCUACAGACCGCAGUCUGGCAAGGGAACCACCCUGUUUUCCUUCUCCUUGCAGCUCCCUGACUCUUUCCCCUCGCUCCUAGAUGAUGACGGGUACCUGUCUUUCCCCAACCUGUCUGAAAGCAACCUCCUCCCCCAGAGCUUGCAAAAUUACCUCCCCAUCCGCUCCCCAUCCCUGGUGCCCUGUUUCCUCUUCAUCUUCUUCUUCCUGCUCUCCGCCUCCUUCUCAGUGCCGUACGCCCUCACUCUCUCCUUCCCUCUGGCUCUGUGCCUCUGCUACCUGGAGCCCAAGGCGGCCUCCUUGAGCGCCUCCCUAGACAAUGACCCGAGUGACAGUUCAGAGGAAGAGACUGACAGCGAGCGGACAGAUACCGCAGCUGAUGGGGAAACCACAGCCACGGAGUCGGACCAGGAGGAAGAUGCAGAGCUCAAAGCACAGGAGCUAGAUAAAACCCAAGAUGAACUGAUGAAGCAUCAGACUAACAUUAGUGAGCUGAAAAGAACCUUCUUAGAAACCUCAACAGACACUGCCAUCACGAACGAGUGGGAGAAGAGGCUGUCUACCUCCCCCGUGCGACUGGCAGCCCGGCAGGAGGAUGCGCCCAUGAUUGAACCACUUGUACCUGAAGAGACCAAAGAAGAAAGAGAGAGUUCUGAAAAAGUUAUAUUUUUGCAGCAAGGAAGUUCUCCAUUUCUUGGGUCUCAGACUAAGCAGUCUUCUGGGGAAAAGCUCAUGGAUGGCUCUGAAAUCUUCAGUCUCUUAGAGUCUGCUCGAAAACCAACAGAAUUCAUAGGAGGGGUUACGUCUACUUCCCAAAGCUGGGUCCAGAAAGUGGAAACUAAAAUGGAGUCCAGUGAAGUGGAGACGGAAACAAGCACCCCACACCACCAGCCUCGCAGUGCUGAGAAGGUGGUGCAGGAAACGGUGUUGGUGGAGGAGAGACGCGAGAUGAAUGUCCACGCCAGCGGGGACGCUGGGGACGUGGGAGAUGCCACGGCACAUUCCACAACCACGGAUGCUUCUGGGGUGAAAGAGAGAGAGGCUUCUGCCCUGACGCAAGGGGCCAAAGAGGAAGGAGGGGGGAGCGAUAAGGCCGCCUCUGAACGGGAAGAGACAGCCACUGCUUCCCACAAGCAAGGGGAGGAGCCGGGCUCAGCAGUCCAUGCUUCGGAAGCUUCAGAACAAAAGUCCCAUUUUGAGUCUUCAACACUGAAGAUGGAAACUAUGAGCGCAGGCAGCAUUUCACCAGGGGGAGGAAAGAUGGACAUUUCUACCAAGGAAGUGCCUGUGGUCCACACAGAAACAAAAACCAUCACGUAUGAAUCAUCCCAGGUCGAUUCUGGGGCUGAUCUGGAGCCGGGUGUGCUAAUGAGUGCACAGACCAUCACGUCUGAAACCACCAGUACCACCACCACCACACACAUCACUAAAACUGUGAAAGGAGGUAUUUCAGAGACACGAAUUGAGAAACGAAUCGUCAUCACAGGAGAUGCGGACAUUGACCAUGACCAGGCGCUGGCUCAGGCAAUUAAAGAGGCCAAAGAGCAGCACCCUGACAUGUCAGUGACCAAGGUAGUGGUCCAUAAAGAGACAGAAAUCACACCAGAAGAUGGAGAGGAUGGACUGGAGGAAUAACUUAGCUUGCACAUGAAUCCAGUCAUGCAAACCAUUAGGAAAACCAGAGCCUUUAUGGACUUCCCUCUUCUAACCCAACUGACUUGUAUCUGUCCGUGGAAAAUUCCGAUCCAGAAGAAUUGACCUUGAUCAUUAAUAAAGACACUGACAGAGAGAUCUUCCCAUAAUAAAGCAAUCCGAAUCAACAUCACUAAACUGAUACUGCAUGAAGCAACGGUAAAAUUACAAAAGAGCAGCAUUUUUAAUUUCCACAAAAUGUCUCCGUUUUCAACUCUUACCUGCACGUUCAUAACCAACAAUAUAAACCGUGAUCUCAUGUAACACAUAAACAACUCACGCCUUUCAUAGUUUAUCAUUAUUAAAGUAUCCACACACAAAAAUGGCAAGUUCUUAGGCGAAAAAUCUUUGGUUUACAGAUUAAAUGAAGAUUACCCUAAAAUGCUAGAUGCUGUCUAGGUCUGGUGUCUCAAGUUUAUCCCAGAUUAGAUGUGCCAAUACCAAGUUUAUUCAGUAAAUGACUUGAAUCUUGUACUUGUUUCACCUGGUUUUAUUAUUCUCACUCAUAUGCAGUAAUGACUUUCUGACCUUCUGGAAAUAUUUAAUGCUUACAAUCUUGCUUUGUGUAUCUCAUUUAAUUUGUUAUGAGGUGGUACUGAUUUUUAGCACAUUCAUGUGAUUUCUUCCUUGUCGUUUGCUUUGGUCCACCUUCAAUUCAGAAAGCUUCCUGGAGUUUCCUAACAAGCCCUCAACAUGUAAAUCAUCACUUGUUUUGGGGAAAAAAAACCUGUGUUUUGUUAGUUUACAAUAUUAUAGAAUUUCACUCCAGAAAAUCCUGUUGGGCUUCUAUUGCUUUGUGCUCUCGUUGUUUCUUUUUCCUUGUAUUUUUUUCAUUCAUUUUCUUCUUUUGACUUGAAGAAAAUGUUUUAGUUCCAAAUCUGGUCCAUAUUUACAAUCUAGUUCAGAGCCAAGCCUUAAACUGUACAGAAUUUCCACUGUAAUUAAAACUAUUUGUGUUUAGUUAUAAAUAGCCUUUGAAAAGAUCUAUUCUCCAUUCCCUGUCAGCCACAUCACAGUCCAUGGUGAAUGAUGUUACUGCGUAGCAAAAUAAAAAUGGCAAAUGCAUUGAAA